AGUGGCUGGGAAUGGCAUGCCUGGUACAGCGGCUGUGCGAAGAAUGGAGUGCGAGAGCGGGGGCUGCCUGAUGCUGGGGCAGCGAUCGGACGCCCGAGAGAGAGAAAGAGACCAAGAACCGUGUUUUAUCUCUUUUGGCUCGAUAUCUACUGCUCUCGCCGCCGUGUUCGUCGCUUCCCCUGCACUCUCAACAUAUCGUCUUCCGAGUCCUCGCCCAUCAUGGUGCUGCACCUCCUUCACUCUCUCCCCACCACUCAAGUGAACUCAGUCCAUGCGCGAUGAUCAGGAAACCUCAAAUCGAUUUAUGUACCGUUGCCUAGGAGGAUCAGGUCUAUUUCCCAAGUCGCAAGUUGCACGUCUUUGGCUCUGGACUCGAGGAGUGCCAGUCAA